AGCUCCGACCACUCUGUUCUCUUUUGCUCUUCUCACACAACACAACACAUAACUCUUCUUCCUCUUCUUUUUUUUAUAAGACCUCUUCCUCUCCUCUCUCUUCUCUCUCAAUCUCAUCUCUCUCUCUCUAAUUCUUGUUUUCCUUUUGAAUCAAGUCAUCAUGGCUCAAGAAGAGAUACAGAAACCUGCUGCUUCUAUUACUGCCUCUGUUCCGGUUAAGGAAGAUACUCCUGUGCCGGUUAAGGAGGUUGAGGUACCUGUUACUGCUGACAAAGCUGUGGCUGCGCCUUCUCCCAGAUCCAUCGUGGUGUCUGAGAAGGAGGUUGAUGUGGCGGCGCCGGAACCAGAGGUGGCUGUGGCGGUGAAAGAGGAGGAAGUCGCGACGGGGAAAGAGGCCUUGCAAUCGGAAUCGUUUAAGGAGGAAGGCUAUUUGGCCUCUGAAUUGCUGGAAGCUGAGAAGAAUGCUUUGGCUGAGUUUAAGGAGAUGGUUAGGGAGGCUUUGAACAAGCGUGAAUUCACCGCUCCACCGCCACCUUCGCCUCAAGCUCCAGCCAAGGAAGAGAAAGCUGAGGAGAAGAAAACAGAGGAAACAGAGGAGAAGAAAACAGAAGUGAAAACAGAGGAAAGGUCUGUUGAGGCUGAAACCAAAACAGAGGAGAAACCUGCUGCUCCUGCCACCGUAGAGACCAAGAAAGAAGAGACAUCUGCAGCUCCGGCUCCGAUCGUCGCAGAGACCACGAAGGAAGAGACAUCGGCCGCUCCUGCUCCGGUCGCCGCAGAGACCAAGAAGGAAGAGAACUCUGUCGCUCAUACUCCGGUAGAGACUAAACCGGCUGCUCCAGUCGUUGCAGAGACGAAGAAGGAAGAGAUAUCAGCAGCUCCUGCUCCGGUUGAGACCAAACCAGCAGCUCCGUUCACCACAGAGACCAAAGAGGAAGAGAAAGUCAUUCCGGUAGAAACCACACCGGCUGCUCCGGUCACCACAGAGACCAAGGAGGAGGAGAAAGUCGCUCCUGUAGAGACCGAACCAGCUGCUCCAGUCGUCGAUGAGGUCAAGAAAGAAGAGAAAGCAACCGCCUCUGUUCCGGUCACCAAGGCCGUCUCAAGAUUUAUUAAAGAUAUAUUUGUCUCCGUCACCACCUCUGCCGAGAAAAAGAAGGAAGAAGAGAAACCAGCAGUUGUAACGAUCGAGAAGGCUUUCGCAGCUGAUCAAGAAGAAGGAACCAAACCCGUUGAAGCAACCGAAGAAUCGAUCGUUUCCAUCACUCUUCCAGAGACAGCUGCCUACGUGGAGCCAGAAGAAGUCUCAAUCUGGGGAAUCCCACUUCUCGAGGACGAAAGAUCCGACGUGAUCCUCCUCAAGUUCCUCAGAGCACGUGACUUCAAGGUCAAAGAAGCCUUCACGAUGCUUAAAAACACCGUCCAGUGGCGCAAAGAGAACAACAUCGACGACCUUGUCUCGGAAGAUCUCGAAGGAAGCGAGUUCGAGAAGUUGGUGUUCACACACGGUGUCGACAAACAAGGACACGUCGUGAUCUACAGCUCGUACGGUGAGUUUCAGAACAAGGAGAUUUUCUCAGACAAAGAGAAGCUUAGCAAGUUUCUGAAAUGGAGGAUUCAGUUCCAGGAGAAGUGUGUGAGGUCUCUUGACUUUAGCCCUGAGGCUAAGUCAACGUUUGUGUUCGUCAGUGACUUCAGGAACGCUCCUGGACUCGGUAAGAGAGCGUUGUGGCAGUUCAUUAGACGUGCGGUUAAGCAAUUUGAAGACAACUAUCCAGAGUUUGUUGCCAGAGAGCUGUUCAUUAAUGUCCCAUGGUGGUACAUUCCUUACUACAAAACAUUCGGAACCAUCAUCACAUCGCCAAGGACAAGGAGCAAGAUGGUCCUUUCUGGUCCAUCCAAAUCCGCUGAGACCAUUUUCAAAUAUGUAGCUCCUGAAGUAGUCCCGGUUAAGUAUGGUGGACUGAGCAAAGAGAGCCCAUUCGCUGUCGAAGAUGGAGUCACCGAGGCCGUCGUUAAAUCCACAUCUAAAUAUACCAUUGAUUUGCCUGCUACCGAGGGUUCUACACUGUCAUGGGAGCUUCGGGUUUUGGGUGCGGACGUGAGCUACGGAGCUCAAUUUGAGCCAAGCAACGAGACAAGCUACACCGUGAUCGUCUCUAAGAACCGGAAGAUCGGUUUAACUGAUGAACCUGUGAUUACCGAUUCUUUCAAGGCAAGUGAACCGGGAAAGGUCGUGAUCACGAUUGACAACCAGACAUCUAAGAAGAAGAAGGUGCUCUACAGGUUCAAAACCCAAGAAUAAGAUUAUGUGUCUGAUCUUUGAAUGAAGAAAAAACAAAAGAUGGUUGGGAAUUUUAAUUAAUUUAAUUUAGUACGUUUAUUUAUUUUAUGUAAUUUUUUUGAAACCUCAAAAGGGGAUUGUGUUUUGUCGAUGGUUUUGAUUUUGUUUUGGUGAUGGGAUUUUUUUUCUUUGUUGAUGAUUCUUAUAUAUACAAAAUGUUGUGUGCAAAAAUGUGAUUACCAUUCAAAAAAAUAUUUGCUACGUUACUUGACUA